AUGGGUAACAAGAUCGCGCGAACGACCCAGGCUUCGGCGACUGAGUACUAUUUGCACGAUUUGCCAUCAUCCUACAAUUUGGUGUUGAAGGAAGUGCUGGGUAGGGGCAGGUUUUUGAAAUCGAUACUGUGCAAGCACGACGAGGGGCUGGUGCUGGUCAAGGUUUACUUCAAGAGGGGUGACUCCAUUGUUUUGAGGGAAUACGAGCGUCGCCUUGCUGAAAUUCGUGAUAAAUUCUCUAACCUCGAUCACCCACAUGUCUGGCCAUUCCAGUUCUGGCUUGAAACUGAUAAAGCUGCUUAUUUGUUGAGGCAAUAUUUUUUCAAUAAUCUUCAUGAUCGAUUGAGUACUCGACCCUUUCUUAGUCAUGUAGAAAAGAAGUGGCUGGCUUUUCAGUUGCUUUAUGCAGUGAAGCAGAGCCAUGAGAAUGGAGUGUGUCACGGUGAUAUUAAAUGUGAGAAUGUGCUGGUCACUUCCUGGAAUUGGCUUUAUCUCGCUGACUUUGCCUCAUUCAAACCGACAUAUAUUCCACAUGAUGACCCGUCUGAUUUUUCGUUUUUCUUUGACACUGGUGGAAGAAGACGUUGUUAUCUUGCCCCUGAGAGGUUUUAUGAGCAUGGAGGUGAGACUCAUGUUACACAAGAUGCACCUUUAAAGCCCUCUAUGGACAUCUUUGCUGUAGGGUGUGUGAUUGCUGAGCUUUUUCUUGAAGGCCAGCCUUUGUUUGAACUCUCUCAACUGCUUGCAUAUCGAAGAGGACAAUAUGAUCCUAGCCAACAUCUGGAAAAGAUUCCAGAUUCAGGAAUCCGUAAGAUGAUUUUGCAUAUGAUUCAAUUGGAUCCAGAGACACGAUGCUCUGCUGAAAGCUACCUGCAAACCUUCGCAUAUGUUGUGUUCCCAAGUUACUUCUCGCCGUUUCUUCAUAACUUCUAUUCCGUGUUGAACCCUUUAAAUUCUGAUGCAAGGGUACUGCUAUGCCAAACCUCUUUCCAAGAAAUACUGAAACAACUGAUGGGCAACACGGCAAGCGAGGAGAUUGGUUGUGGACUGGAACCGUCUUCAGAAAAUGCAAGUCAAUUACUUCCUGGGAGGGAUGCAAGUCAACAUUUCAAUCAGUCUUCGAGCAAAACAGAGGAGAUAGAGAAGGGCUCUGUUCAUGAUCGAUUCGAUCUUCUUGGUGAUGUCAGUACCCUGCUCAGAGAUGUAAAACGAAAUAAUUUCUGUUCGAAGACAACACCAAGUAAUGUAGCCAAUCCAAGAUAUUCUGAAAAUCAAAAGCAAAGUGGCAUGCAAUCUCCUGGUGAACUAAUUCAGAUGAUCUCCAAUGUGUUCAAGAGAAGUCAUCAUCCCUUCCUGAAGAAAAUCACAAUGACUGAUUUGAGCUCAUUGAUGUUGGAUCAGGAUAAUCAAUCAGAUACUUUUGGAAUGCCUUUUUUACCCUUACCUCAGGAUGUUAUAAGCUGUGAGGGUAUGGUUCUGAUCGCUUCACUUCUCUGCUCCUGCAUACGAAAUGUCAAGUUGCCUUUUAUGAGGAGGGGUGCUAUACUUCUAUUGAAGUCUUGCUCCUUGUAUAUUGAUGAUGAAGCCCGUUUACAGCGGAUCCUUCCAUAUGUUGUAGCAAUGCUCUCAGAUCCAGCUGCUAUUGUUCGAUGCGCUGCCUUAGAGACUUUAUGUGACAUUCUUCCUCUAGUUAGAGAUUUUCCUCCCAGUGAUGCCAAAAUUUUUCCAGAGUAUAUUCUUCCGAUGCUUUCCAUGCUUCCUGAUGAUCCUGAGGAAAGUGUGAGGAUAUGUUAUGCCAGCAAUAUAUCUAAGCUGGCACUGACUGGUUAUGGGUUCUUAAUCCACUCGAUAAGCUUGACUGAGGCAGGGGUUCUUAAUGAAACAAAAUUAUUGCAGAAGUCAUUUACACCUGCCAGUGAGACUUCUGGGCAGCCUAAGAGUCUGAAUAGUGACGUACAACUUGCACAGCUGAGAAAAUCUAUUGCAGAGGUCAUUCAAGAACUUGUAAUGGGUCCAAAGCAAACCCCAAAUAUCAGGAGAGCUCUCUUGCAGGACAUUGGGAACCUUUGUUGGUUUUUUGGCCACAGGCAAAGCAACGACUUUUUGUUGCCCAUCCUCCCUGCAUUUCUGAAUGAUCGUGAUGAGCAACUUAGAGCAGUAUUUUAUGGACAGAUAAUUUAUGUCUGCUUUUCUGUGGGCCAACGGAGUGUGGAGGAAUAUCUUUUCCCUUAUAUUGAGCAGGCAUUAAAUGAUAUCUCUGAGGCCGUCGUUGUCAAUGCAUUGGACUGCUUGGCUAUUUUGUGCAAAAGUGGUUUUCUGAGAAAGAGGAUCCUGCUUGAGAUGAUUGAGCGUUCUUUUCUGCUGUUAUGUUAUCCCAGUCAAUGGGUAAGGAGGUCGGCUGUCACCUUUAUUUCUGCUAGCAGUGAAAGCUUAGGUGCAGUGGAUUCUUAUGUAUUUCUUGCCCCAGUUAUACGUCCUUUUCUCCGUAGACAACCCGCUUCUCUAGCCUCUGAAAAGGCUCUUCUUUUGUGUCUGAAGCCUCCAGUCUCAAGAGAACUGUACUAUGAAGUUUUAGAAAAUGCCAGAAGUUCAGACAUGCUGGAGAGACAGAGAAAGAUUUGGUACAAUCCAUCAUCACAGUCCAAACAAUGGGAAACUGUAGACUUUAUCCAGAAUAGUGCUAGAGACUUGGAUUCAGUGAAAAGCUGGUCUGAAAGACAACAUAAUGGUCAAGAUCAUAGAUUUAUUAGUAGCUCUAUGCAACCAAUGGAUUUUAGCAAUUCUGAUGAUAAUGAGGGUAAAUUGAAAUCAAUGGGAAGCUUAAUACAAAAUUCUUCUAGUGCAAUGGACUCCCAUGAUCGUGCUGCAUCAGAAAAGUUACAAUUGUCUGGUUUCAUGUCUCCACAAGUUAGUUGCAUGAAUAGCUUAAUUGAUAAAUCAUCGGAAGGCAUACCUUUGUACUACUUUAAAGUUGAAAACAAGCGAACAACUGGGAAUGCUACAACAACAUCUGGUUCUUCAUCACCAUAUAAUUUGAGUUCCUCAUCCUUGCCUUGGAUGGAUCCUAAAAGUAAAUCAUUUAGCUUAGCCAGUUCGGUCCCAGCUCCUAAGCUUGUCUCAGGGUCAAUCUACAUUGGAAAUGGCUCCAUGCAAUUGCGGAGAGUUGUGCAUGAAGUUGAAGACAGAGAAACUGAUCAAACAGCCUAUAUUAACAGCAAGUUUCGUGAAACGGGAUUGUCUGGCAGUACAAAAGGGCAUUCCCUGGCAAUGGAAGAUGAUUCCACAGCCACUGAGGGAUCAGAAAUGUCAUCUUUGGCAUGGUCAUCAACAAUUCCUGAUUCAGGGUGGAGGCCUCGUGGGGUGCUGGUGGCGCACUUGCAAGAGCAUCGGUCUGCUGUCAAUGAUGUUUCCAUUUCAAUGGACCAUAGCUUUUUUGUUAGUGCUUCUGAAGAUUCUACUGUUAAGGUUUGGGAUUCCAAGAAGCUGGAGAAAGACAUUUCAUUUAGGUCACGGCUAACGUAUUCCUUAGGGGGAAGUCGAGCGCUAUGUGUGACUGUUCUUCAAGGUUCUACUCAAGUUGUUGUUGGAACAAAUGAUGGGACGAUACAUAUGUUCUCUGUUGACCACAUAUCCAGAGGACUUGGCAAUGUUGUUGAAAAAUACUCGGGUAUUGCUGAUGUAAAAAAAAGUGGCAUCGGAGAAGGCGCUGUAUUAAGCCUGUUGAACUACUCUCCAGAUGGUGGUGCUAGCAAAAUGAUUCUGUACAGCACUCAAAAUUGUGGGAUUCAUCUCUGGGAUACAAGAACAAGUUCAAAUGCUUGGAAUACAAAAGUGUUCCGUGAGGAGGGAUAUGUAUCUUCACUGGUAGCAGACCCUUGUGGGAAUUGGUUUGUGUCUGGAUCAUCAAGAGGCGUGCUUACUCUUUGGGAUCUGAGAUUCUGUAUACCUGUCCACUCAUGGCAAUAUUCUUUUGCCUGCCCUAUAGGGAAAUUGUGUCUUUUUGUUCCUCCUCCCAGUGCAUCUUUAUCUGCUGUGACAAGACCUCUGGUUUAUGUUGCCGCAGGUUGUAAUGAAGUUUCUCUCUGGAAUGCAGAAAAUGGGAGCUGUCACCAGGUAUUAAGGGCAGCAAACAAUGACAAUGAUGUGGAAACCUCUGAUUCACCUUGGGCCUUCGCCAGACCAUCCAGUAAGACAAAUACUAAAUCAGAUCCUAGGAGAAAUAUUAAUUCCAAGUACAGGGUUGAUGAGCUGAAUGAACCUCCCGCACGUCUUCCUGGUAUCCGAGCAUUGCUUCCGUUACCUGGUGGAGAUCUCUUAACAGGGGGUACUGACUUGAAAAUACGUCGCUGGGAUCAUUCCAGGCCGGAGCGAACUUAUUGCGUGUGUGGACCAUCUAUAAAAGGAGUUGGAAAUGAUGAUUUCUAUGAGACAAAAUCUAGUUUUGGCGUGCAAGUUGUACAGGAAGCAAAAAGACGACCUCUGGCUACCAGCUUAACUAAAAAGGCAAUUCUUGCAGCUGCAGCCACCGAUUCUGCUGGUUGUCACCAUGAUUCUAUCCUCUCUUUGGCUUCUGUCAAAUUGAACCAGCGACUUCUGAUAUCAGGCAGUAGAGAUGGAGCCAUAAAGGUUUGGAAGUAG